CAAUUUGUUCACUCAUACACACACGCGCGCUCAAAAUCAAAAGAUCUCUGCUUCAUUUGCUAUGCUAUGAAGAUGGUUCAAGCAACAGUUUUCCUCCUCGCCUGUCUCGUCGUCUGCUCCUCCCUGCUCGACCCGACGAUGGCCGCCGGAUCAAGUUUCUGCGGGUCCAAGUGCUCGGCGAGGUGCUCGAAGGCGGGGCUGAAGGACCGGUGCAUCAAGUACUGCCGUAUCUGCUGCGACAAGUGCAAGUGCGUCCCCUCCGGCACGUACGGCAACAAGCACGAGUGCCCGUGUUACCGCGACCUCAAGAACUCCAAGGGCAAGCCGAAAUGCCCUUGAACGUCAGUACCGCCUUAAGUAUCUGUUAAUCAUGAUUAUCAGGAUAAUUACCCCUAUCUUACGUUGUGGUGCUUGUGAGACAUCAUAUGUUUGAGACUAGACAGCUGGUUAUCUGCUUGUGUUGGUCCCUUGAGUUGGUUCUGGAUGUGAAUUAGGCAUGAAAAUAUGUUGCUUGAAAAUAAAGCAUUUCUUCGGGUGCGUAAU